GUAGCGACCUCCUCGAUGUCUAUAUAAGACGUGCAUUUGUCCUUAGAAGCUGAUCUUUGCUUUACAGAAUCCAGGACUUUUCUACAGCCAACCUUAAAACAGAAGCAACAUAUCUUCAAUCUUCCCAGCUUUUUCAUGAUGUUUUCCAAAUCAAUCAUUCUGGCAUUGUUGCCCGCUGCAUUUGCGGCUCCACUCAUCAUCCCCCGAGAUGAGACACUGAUUCCCAAUAAGUACAUCGUCAAACUGAAGCCUGACGCUUCUAUUGCGGAUGUGGAGGCUGCUCAGGGUCUGCUUGCGAAUGCUCCUGACUUCGAAUAUGACUUUGGCGGUUUCCGAGGGUUCGCUGGCUACCUCUCUCCUGAUGCAGUCACGAAGCUUCAGGACUCAGGCGCUGUAGAAUGGAUCCAACAAGAUGCUGAAGUGCACACCCAAACCUGGCUCUCCGAGAGCGGAGCCCCUUGGGGUCUUGGCCGCAUCUCUCAUGAGGCAAAGGGUAGUGACACCUAUGUGUACGACUCUACUGCUGGAGAGGGCACUUGCAGCUACAUCAUCGAUACUGGCAUCUAUGUUGACCACCCUGAAUUUGAGGGCCGUGCCGAGUGGCUCGAGAACUUCACUGGUGAUGGUCAAGACAGCGAUGGUGCUGGUCAUGGCACCCAUGUCGCUGGUACUGUUGGCUCAAAGACAUAUGGCGUUGCUAAGAAGACAAAACUCCUUGCCGUCAAGGUUCUUGAUGCCGGCGGUUCGGGUACAUUCGCUGGCGUCAUCGCUGGUAUUCAAUUCGCUUCUGAGGACCAAAAGACCCGCGAUUGUCCUAAGGGCUCGGUUGCUAACAUGAGUUUGGGUGGUGGCAGGAAUACUGCCGUCAAUGAGGCUGUUGCUGCUGGUGUAGCUGCGGGUCUCUUCUUCGGUGUCGCGGCUGGUAACAACAACGCCAAUGCCGCCAACUACUCGCCUGCCUCUGAAGCAAGUGCUUGCACAGUUGGCGCUACCGAUUCCAACGACGCAAAGGCAUCUUUCUCCAACUAUGGUGACAUCGUCGAUGUCUUUGCCCCCGGUGUUCAAGUUCUUUCCACCUGGAACGACGGAAAGACUAACUCCAUUUCCGGUACCUCAAUGGCCACACCACAUGUUGUCGGCCUCGCCGCCUAUCUUCUUGCUUUUGAAGGCAUCUCGACUGAUGCCCUUUGCGCGCGCAUCGUGGAGUUGGCUCAUCAGGGUGUCAUCACCGGACUUCCCAGUGGAACAAAGAACCUGCUCGCCUUCAACGGUGCCCAGGUCCAGUAGAUGUGCAAUGACGGAAAGCCAGACGAUGCUUAAACUUCGACUUCCUGGCCCUCCUUCACAUCGGCCACCUACGAGUAAUCUUUCUCACGUAUGAUACUGAGGGUAUCUGGUUGCAUGACUAGGGUUUUGACAUUCCUUUCCACUUAUAUUGGUAGUAGCCACGAGCGUUCUGGACAUUGGACUGCAUUUAUGAGCGACGGUAUUGAUGAUUUUGAUGGUUCAUCGGGGACAGUUUAGGAGAUUUGUGUUUUAAGCUACACGGUAAUAAUGAUGAGUUAAUUGCAUACAACUGCUUCUUGACAUCUCGCGUUCGCAAGAUAGCCCAUGUGCAUGAAGACAGACUUCGGC